UGAUAUCUGUGAAGUGGCGCACAUAUACCCGUCUUGUCUCUUAAAAGAAGAGAAUGAUGCGUUUGGUAAUCGCCACAUGUUUUGGCGGCAUUUGCAAUUAUUCUGGCCCAAAGAAAAAAUCACCGCUUGGCAAGAGCAACUCUUCCCGGGCGACACAUAUGACUGUGGCAUCGAAACAGCUAAAAACCUCAUCACUCUUUCGGUCGCCGCACACAGGCUUUGGAACAAAGGAGCCUUUGCCCUGAAGCCUAUCUCCGUAUCUGAUGAUCAUACUACGCUGAAGGUCCAGUUUUUUUGGCAGAUAAAACAACCAGAGGUUGAGACUCAACCAACGAUAAGUUUGCUGACCACGCCAUCAUCUACGAAAGACCUUGAGCGUUUUGGUAGGAGCCGCCUGGUCCAUGCCGAUUUAAGUGACGGCCUUCUAAAAUCAGGAAACAUAUUUGAGAUAAAGACCGACGAUCCGGAUAAGAGACCGCUCCCAAGCUUCGAGCUGCUCGAGAUGCAGUGGUUUCUACAGCGAGUCACUGGCAUGGCAGGUGCAGUAGAUGUGGAGGUGGAUGUAGGAAAGCAAGAUCCGGACGAUGAUAUUGAGGAUUUUCAACUUGACGAGGUAGUUCCGGGACAAAGGUCUAGACCAGGUCAAAAAUCUAGAAGUGAUGCUGCCGAUGAAUCCCCUCCUACGCCUGAUGCAGACAGGUACCGAAGCCCUAGCAUGGAGGGAUCUAAGUAUAGCACGGAGGAGGAUGAAGCGCAAGGAGGAGUGACUAUUGUACAGUACUAGGUCUGGCCUGUUAAUUCACCUAGCUUGCUAUCUUCACAAAGCAGAUGGAAAAAAGAAACCCGUUUUCUAUCUAUUUCUCUA